GAUUUCCCGAACAUUCGUCCGUCCAUAUCUGAUCGAAGCUGAAUCAGAAGUAUUGAAGCUCUGACAAAAUGGUUGAUUACAGCAAGUGGGAUCAUAUUGAGGUAUCUGAUGAUGAGGAUGACACUCAUCCCAACAUUGAUACACCCAGCCUGUUUAGAUGGCGACACAAGGCAAGAGUAGAACGCAUGGAGGAGCAGAAGAAGGAGAGAGAAAAUGUGGAGCAUGGCACAGAAAGGGCUCAUAAUGCUGUUGAAGAUACAAGACAGUUGCUUUCUGAUCUUAAGACCAAAGGAGAUGAGGAAGGAGCAAAAAAGGCUGGAGCCAAAUUGAAGGAACUUGAGGACGAGGAGAAGAAGUGGAGAGAGAAAGAAGCGGACAUUGAAAAGAAAGAAAAGCUAACACCAUGGAACGUUGACACCCUAAGCAAGCCAGGCUUUGAGAAGACCAUGAUCAAUUCGUAUGAAAAGUCGGAGGAGGACCUUACGGAGGAAGAGAGGGAAAAUAAGAUGGAAACGUUUGUUGAGAAGAACGAGAAGUUGAUCAAGGAGUUUGGGAUGUACAGGAAGUACCCCGAUUCUCAGCGAUUCCUGGUUGAUCACCCGAACCUGGUGUGCGAAGAGACGGCAAACUAUCUGGCGAUAUGGUGUAUCAACUUAGAAUGCCAAGAGAAACAUGGCUUGAUGGAGCAAGUAGCCCACCAGACUAUUAUCAUGCAAUAUCUACUGGAGUUAGCCAAAAGUCUCAAUCGUGAUCCAAGAUCGUGUAUCAGGCCCUUCUUUUCAAAGAUGGAUAAAGCUGAGAAGCAGUACAAGGAUGCGUUUGAUGAUGAGCUUAAAUCAUUUAAGAAGCGAGUUAGGGAGAGAGCUCAGAUCAGGAUAGAUAAAGCUACCAAAGAAGCUGAGGAGGAGAUUGAAAAGGAAAGGCAGGAAAGAUUAGGACCAGGAGGCUUAGAUCCUGCAGAGGUGUUUGAAUCAUUGCCAAAAGAGCUGCAAGAUUGCUUCGAAUCCAAGAGCGUAUCUCAACUCCAAGAAACCAUUGCCAAAAUGAAGCCUGAAGAUGCCACGUACCACAUGAAGCGAUGUGUGGAUUCUGGCCUGUGGGUACCCGGAGGGGGUGCGGACAAAGAUGAAGACGGGGAAGGGGCGACAGCGGGGCCAGGAGACGGCGACGAGGAAGAGGUUUACGAAGAGAUCGACAAAGAAUCGGAGACGAAUCUUGAUGCUGUUGACUAAACCAAGCUUCUGUUGAUCGUGUUGUAACUCACUAAACUAACUCAAAGACGCCUUAGCGACAUCUGGGAAGCGUUUUAUGAAAGGACUUGUCAGAUGUCUUAAUCGACAGUAACCGUAUGAACAGACACCUGUGCUAUCAGCCAGUCAAAAUGAAGGAAGUUAGAAGAUAUGGCAACUUUUCAGACGACAGACAUUCAUCAAAUUUUAUGAAGCUUUUCAGCACUGACUAGUCGGACAUCAAUGCUUCUCAGCCAAUCAGAGCCAAGGAAAGUUGUCAGAUCCGGGGGGGGGGGGGGGGAGUUUCACAAAGAGUUAAGUGUGACUUAUGGUCGCACUUCAAUUUCAGUUUGUGUAGUAUGAAAGGCAUCACCACAUUGGUGAGAUUACUGGGCCCCAUCUUACAAAGAGUUAUGAUUGAUCCGAUCAAUCGCAACUAUGGACGGCCAGCAACGUCAACAUGUAUUAUUCAUGUUUGUUCAAAAUAUUUUCUAUGAUGUAUAUUCAUUCAUGCAUUCAUUGUUUUCUUGAAAAUUCACUGCGCUUCUCUUUGUUUACAUAGGACAUUGUGAAAAUUUCCUAUAGAAAAAAAUAUGACACUGAUGGAUUUCCAUAGAGUUACGAUUGAUUGGAUCAAUCGUAACUCUUUGUAAGGCAGGGCAUUGGACGCGUAGUACCACAUAUCUGGCAAUCAGGGACCCGUCUCACAAAGAGUUGCUAUUGAUCUGAUCAACCACAACUAUGGACGUCCUGCAACAUUAACAUCUAAUAUGUAUGUUUGUUCAAAAUAUGUUCUAGAUAUGAUGUAUAUGCACACAUUCAUCAUUCUCUUGAAAAUUCAGUGCAUGAUUGUCUUUGUUUACUUAGGAGAUUUUGCAAAUUUCCUAUAGAAAAAAUUAUGGUAUGGAUGGAUUUCCAUACAGUUGAUAUUGAUUGGAUCAAUCGUAACUCUUUGUAAGACGGGGCCCUGAUUAUGUGUUAAAUAACGUGCGCUUUGGCCUUUAAGCAUGACUCUAAUCAUACUUUACUCUUUGUGAAACACCCCCCUCGCGACUUGUCAGAAAACAAAUGUUGAUGAAACCCUCCCCGCGAGUGUGAACAGAUGAACAUAUGCCUGAAUAUAUUGUUUCGACUCUAGGUGUGUUUAUACAUGAUUGAAUUAGCGUUUUGAAAUGCACAUGCUGGACUCAUCUUGUGGAAGUACUGUUGAUGCUCAACUUAAACAUCCCAAGAGAAGGCCCACUUUUUUCAAUAUUUAUCUGUGGCAUAUGGAAGGUGCUGAGUGAAACGUCAUAUGUACUAGCUUAUUAGUAAUGUUGCCUUUAUGUUCCUCUUAUAAACAACAUUUAUGUAUACACCAUAUCCCAAUGCAUCUUUCUUUGGUGUGCAUUAGCAGUUAGCGUUCUAGAUUGGCACUUUUUAAAUAACAAGAAUGACAAAUAAGAAUGUUCAUCAUUGUGGUACUCAGAGCUGUAAAGUAGUACUUGUUUUCAGUAAUUAUUACUGAAAAAUGAGAAAGAAUACUGGUGGUUUCAUGCAAUUGCUGAUUUCUAAAGUUUCAGUUUAUGUGUUGUCCUAUGGUAUUUCUGUGAAAAUACUGAUCUUCUUACAAAAAUACUGAUUUUCAGCCUUUAAAAUGCUGAAAUGUUCUUGAUCGGGUUGGCAUCACUGCAUCCUGAGCGUGUUAACCCCUCCCCUCUCAUCCUGCCCUCAAAGUUGAGCUACAAAUGAUGCUUUUGUACUAUUUCUGUUGAGCCAUCCUCAGUGGAAUUCAUAAAAAGAUAAGAAACCUCUGCUCGUGCGGUCUUGUGGUUAGACCAUUGGACCCAUGAUUAUGAGCUUGUGAGUUCAAGUCCCGCUUGGCCAUUAUCUCCUCUUUAACCAUAAAGACCAGAGAGUAAUUUCUAUUGUCUAAGAUCAGACACUAUGUAUGAGUGCAGCGAAAAUAGUGCAGCUUAUCGUGGUGAAUCAGUGCAGUGCCUGUGUUUAGAAAAUAAGCCUUCUAACCACAGAACAAGUGGGAAUAUAUGUACAUGUGUAUCCACAGCUUUAUUAUUCAUUUUCAUUUCUGUUGGUGCUUUUGCUAACAAGCAUAAACAAGUUUUCAUCAUCAAUAUUAGCCAUUAAGACUGCAUCCUGUUGUGUAUGUUACUAAACACCUGGGGGUACCUCACAAAGAUGUAAUUGUGACUUUGAGUCACACUUAAAUUCCCAGUUGCAUACGGUUUAUAACGCAUCACCGCACUACUGCUUUAUCAAUCAUAUUACGCGUAAAACAACAUGCGGUCGUUGGCAUUUAAGCAUGACUAAGUCACACUUUACUCUUGGAAAGAAAAACACUCCCCUGGAAGUUUGAAAUUGAUGGAAAUGGAUUUCAAAUUGAUGUUAUCACAACUCUGUAUGUAAAGAUAGGCUGCAAGUUAACAUUUGAUUUGAUCGCUCAUAGUUAUUGUAGUAAAAUUUGUUAAUGGAUAUCAGCUCCAAUGAAUCAAUUUCUAUUGAAUACAUUAUCAAAUAUCAAUAAAUGCAUUAGCAAUGGAUGUAUUAUCCAUGAAUAAAAACUUUUAUAAACCAAACAGUUCGAAAUAUGCAAAGCUGUGCUCUUGAAUGGAAAUGAGAGGUAGAGAAAUAGAAAAUCUGUAAAUACAAUGGUUUAACCAAAUUGAUUUCAUAAAAAUAUGUCAUUUAUUGUCAGGAAGUUUUUCCUGAAAUUCCGCCUCAUUAAAUUCAAUUUUGAAUGUAUUAAAUACAGAGUUCUGUUUUAUUUUAAUGUGUAACGUUAUGCUUAAACCUAUUGUUUAUUUAUCUUAUGGUAUGGUAUUGUUUAUUUAUUUUAACAUUUUGUUAUUUCGUGAAGAAUGCAUGGCAUCAAUUCUUAUUAGUUACUCAGAAGUUAUGAUUUUGUCCAGAAAAUACACCAAAUAAUGAAUAUAUGAUUUACCUUAAAAGUUUCAGAUAUGUUUACAUCUUUUACCUUCAUUGCCAUAAGUACAUUGAUAUAUUUUAGGAGAUGGUUUCAUAAAAUUGUUUGUAAAGUUACAAAUGACUUGAUUAUGGUAAGUCAAAUGUAAACCAAAUGUGAUCAAUCAUUAUGACCCACAGCCUUAUUGCUCAAAAUCGUUUUUGCAAAAAAAAAAAAAUGAAUAGAGAAAGGUUUUAAAUGCAGCCAUAAUUUGUUAAACAUAUGAUAAAAACCUGCAUGCACCUCAUUUUUGCAAUUGAUAUUCCAUUCAAUUUUAGAAUCAUGCAUAACUUUGUAGAAUAACCUUCAAGGGCCUGUUGCAGCAAGAGGUACAAUCGAUGGCAACUCAAAAAUUCAAGCACUAGUCUGAAACGGUGUAUUCGAAGGAUGAAAAUUAAGUUGCUUUUAUGGAGUUUCAUGAAAGGACUUAAGUCCCAUUUUAUCUGACAGUUGCUAUAGUAACAUUGCAUCUCAGCCAAUCAAAAUCAAGGAAAGUUGUCAGCUCUUGUCAGACAAAACUGUUGAUGAAACACUCCCCAGAUCAUUUAAUUUCAUUUGGUAUAUUAUACCAUUAUUUGUCAUUAAAAUGCAGUGAUUUAGAACAGAACUUAAAUGCAUUGAUUCUUGGAGCCAUUUUAAUUUUUUUAUAUAUAUUAAUGCUGCAAUGUUUGUAUACCUUAUCAGUUACGAAUUCUGAGGAGUAUUGGAAAGCAAAUUUUACGUUGUAAGUUGUUCUGAGUAAAAUGAUAAUUCAAUGUAUAGGCAUAUACCAAA